AUGGCUGAACGCAAAAAUCCAGUGUGGCAACACUUCACUGAGCCCACUUCAGGGAAGGCUCGGUGUGCAAUAUGCAACUCAUCGGUGAGCAUGGGGGCUGAAAAAGGAAAAGGUAAAAAUACCUCAAACAUGUGGAGCCACCUGAAACGUCACCACCUUGAGGCCUACAAUGAAGCAGUAAAAGAAAGGGAUAAAAGAGGAGCAGCAGCCAGUUCUACACAGCCUACUGUUGUACAGAUGUUCGAUGCCCAAAGGAAAUGGCCUAAUUCUGACACCAGGUCAAAAAAGGUGGAUCUUGCCAUAGUUGAGAUGAUUGCCACAGACAAUCAACCAUUUACAGUUGUCUCUGGUGUUGGUUUUAAAAGGUUGGUGGCAUUGCUGGAGCCCAGAUACUCCCUUAAAAAUGACAAGUAUUAUUACACUGACCUUUUUGAAGAUGUACACACUAAGGUAGAGAACAAAAUCAAGGAGGUGGUCACGUUGGACAAUGCAGGUCCUUAUUUGGCAUUUACAACGGACUGUUGGUCUGGGGAGACAGAAUCCCUUAUAAGCCUGACCUGUCAUUUCAUUGACAAAGAUUGGCAAAGGAAACAAAUUGUCCUCAAUGUUAAAGCCAUGGAUGGCUCUCACACAGGUGAAUACAUAAGCGAUAUGUUCCUCAGUCUGCUGAAGCAUUGGGACAUCGAAACAGAGAGAGUUGUACUUGUGCUUCGUGAUAGUGGUGCCAACAUGAUCAAAGGGAUGAGGCUCGCCGAACUACCUGAUCUCAGCUGCAGUGCUCACACACUUCAGCUGGUGGUGAACGAUGGGAUCAGCAGCCAGCGAGCAGUGGCAGACAUCGUUGCCAAAUUGAAAUCUUCUGCUACCCAUUUUAACCAUUCAGUGCUGGCCAAACAGCGUUUGAAGAACAUUCAAAAAGAGCUUGACCUCCCCCAGCACACAAUAAUCCAGUCGGUGCCAACACGCUGGAACUCCACUCUUCACAUGUUGGAGAGCAUGCUGGAGCAGAAGCGGGCACUUAAUGUAUAUGCAGGGGAACAUGGAAAAAUAUCUGUCUUUACAGCAGAUCAGUGGGCUCUUGUGGACAAUCUGAUUGCCACACAGAGCCCACUUGAACAGAUUACACUCGAAAUGAGUAGAUCUGACUCCACAAUUUCAUGCAUCAUUCCCUGCAUCACAGUGCUGAAAAUGUUGCUGGAAGCUGAAGGUGCCAAAACAAGAGGAAUCGGAACACUCCGAGAGACUAUGCUGAACAGCCUAAAGGCCAGAUUUGAGAAGGCAGAGAAAACAAGAUGCUUGGUCCUUGCAACACUGCUAGAUCCUUGUUACAAGGGUCAUGCCUUGGCUCCUGGUACACUGAGGAAUACAAAGGACUGGAUCAAGGAAGAGCAUGCCACUCUGUCUGAGGCUGCAAAACAGAAAAGUGCUUCCUCAGAAGGUCAAGGCCAAGAAGAUCCAAAACGGAAAAGGGCAGAGGAAGAAGAGGAGGAAGUCACUGGUCCAUCAGACAUGCUUGAGCAGAUGUAUGCCAGCCUUCCUGGGGCACAUGGACCAACCCCAGACGAGACUGAUGAGGAGGAGCAGCAGUUUACUCAGCAGCUGGAUCAGUACUUAAGGGAGCCGCUGAUCGACAGGCAGAAGGGCCAGCCACUUGAAUGGUGGAAACAGAAUGCAUCCCGAUUGCACCUUCUAGCACCACUUGCCAGAAAGUUUCUCAGUCCACCCCCCUCCUCUGUUCCCAGUGAGAGGGUAUUCAGUGAGGUCAGCCAGAUAUAUGAGAAGAAGAGGUACAGGCUGACAGGAGAGAAUGCAGAGCGCCUCUGUUUCCUCCACUAUAACCUACAGCUCCUAAACUGGGAUUAUUAA